AGCCCCCCGUCUACACAGCGCCCUCCUCCUGCAGUUUGGCACCGGCCGCCAAAGUAACUUGGAGCAGAGCGGGGUGCACCGGGAGACUAGGGCCCUGGGCAGCGGCGGAACCCUGCGCAGAUCGCGGCGCCCACGCUGAGCCGGGCCCGGAGGGCCGGUGUAUGUCUCCCCGCGGCCGCGGCGCUCCAUUCCCGGUGACUGUGCAGCGCGCGCCGCCGCCUGCCCCGACCCGCGCUGCCGCCGCCCGGCCCCGCACGCACCUCCCUCUCCCGGGGUGAUCAGCCUGCGGCCGCCGCCCGACACACAGCUCCGCACCUCUUCCCCCGCCCUCGCCGCCGCCACCACACACACGCACGCUUCUCUCCAUCUUGUGAUUCCUGUUCCCUCCCGAACCUUCAGUGGGGGUGCGAGUUUGUCCCCCCUUACCCCCUCCCCCCGCCCCCGUCCCCCACACCGCCUUCUUCUCUUCUCGCUCUCCUGCUCCUCCCGAGCUUGCUGCGCUCCUCUUGCAGGCUCGUCCCCUUCAUUUUAUUUAUUCGUAUUUAUUGGGCGCCCGUUCUCUUCUGUCUGUCCCUAUCCCUCCCUCCCUCUGGAUCCCCGCUCUCUCCCCGGAGUGGCGCGUCGGGGGCUCCGCCGCUGGCCAGGCGUGAUGUUGCACGUGGAGAUGUUGACGCUGCUGUUUCUGGUGCUCUGGAUGUGUGUGUUCAGCCAGGACCCGGGUUCCAAAGUCGUCGCCGACCGCUACGCUGUCUAUUGGAACAGCAGCAACCCCAGAUUCCAGAGGGGUGACUACCAUAUUGAUGUCUGUAUCAAUGACUACCUGGAUGUUUUCUGCCCUCACUAUGAGGACUCUGUCCCAGAAGAUAAGACUGAACGCUAUGUCCUCUACAUGGUGAACUUUGAUGGCUACAGUGCCUGCGACCAUACUUCCAAAGGGUUCAAGAGAUGGGAAUGUAACCGACCUCACUCUCCAAAUGGACCACUGAAGUUCUCUGAAAAAUUCCAGCUCUUCACUCCCUUUUCUCUAGGAUUUGAAUUCAGGCCAGGCCGAGAGUAUUUCUACAUCUCCUCUGCAAUCCCAGACAAUGGAAGACGGUCCUGCCUAAAGCUCAAAGUCUUUGUGAGACCAACAAACAGCUGUAUGAAAACUAUAGGUGUUCAUGAUCGUGUUUUCGAUGUUAACGACAAAGUAGAAAAUUCAUUAGAACCAGCAGAUGACACCGUACAUGAGUCAGCCGAGCCAUCCCGCGGCGAGAACGCGGCACAGACACCACAGAUACCCAGCCGUCUUUUGGCAAUCCUACUGUUCCUCCUGGCGAUGCUUUUGACGUUAUAGCACAGUCUCCUCCCGUUACCUGUCACAGAACACCAGAGAUCCACCUAACUGCUCAUCCUAAGAACGGACUUGUUAUUGGUUUUUGGCAGAUGUCAGAUUUUUGUUUUCCUUCCUCCAGCCUGAUUUCUAAGCAACAAUUUGGGGGUCGUUGGGGGUGGGUAGCUGAACUAGUUGCUGCCUUCUUCACCUCACCCCCAGACCCUGUCCUUGACUUCUCUCAUCCCUUCCAAAUUAAAUGGACUCCAAAUGAAAAUGCCAAAUUGUGGUAGUGACACCAGUGGGUCUUCAGCUCCUGUGCAUUCUCCUCUGAGCUCACUUCUGUAAGCUCACGGUGUCUACCGUGUAUGGACAAGGAAAAAUAGUGGCAGACGCUGCCAGUGACGGCCAGGCCCGGGAGGGUUUCCCUCUCCUUAUACAAUAUUUAUGCCUUCUCAUUCAGGACUGUAAGAUAAUUGUGCAGGGCAUCAUGCCACAUGUCAGGUCCAGAGAGGCGGUAUUAAGAACAGGCAUAAUAUCACACCAUUUCCUGUAGGAGUGUAUCAAUGAACAGACUUCUAAAAGGUUGAGACACUGGGUUUUUUUUUUGUUUUUUUUUUUUGUUUUUUUUAAAAAUAUGACUGUCUUAAAGCUUUCUUGACAGCAAAAUUGCGCCUUGUAAAGAAGACUUUUUCCCCCUAGGAGGUGGAAAUGCUAACAGAGCAAGUGUGAAAACAGAGAAAACUAUGUUUGGUGGGGGUGUGAGUGCCUCUAAUUUUUUUAGUGACUGGGCAGUGCACACCAGAUUUGUUUUUUUUUUUUUUCUUUUGAAUACAGAUCACCAUGGUGCUACAACUUUUUUUUCUUUUUAGGAACUCAAAGAGGCAUUUUUAUGAAUAAAGUGACCUUCCCCAAGGCUGACAAGCCAGGGUUGAUGAGUACAGAGUGGAAUAGCUUUGGCUGCUCCUCUGGGGGACAAUAUGUACAAGGAAAGGAAGUCCGUGGCCAGAGGAAAUGCGAUUAGGCUUUGCUGGAGCUCCAGUGUGCUGUGGCCUUUCCCCAACUCCCACCCCAAUGCCCACGUUCUGCUUCAUGCUCCAUGACCACAGGGGACUCAGACACAAGCCCCUGUCACCAGGAGAGUCAGUCAGCACUACUUGGGAGGGCUAAAGGGAAAUUUGGAAUAAAAAUUCCAAAGUUUGGAAUAAAAAAUUCAAGUGUUGAUUUUAUAUUCUUUCCCUUUCUGACACAGCCUAAAGCGUAGGGGGAACACGUGUUUAUCUGUGGGAGAUAAACAAGAUGGAGUCCCAAAGACUUUAACAAAAUAUUUUUUUAAAGAUCCACUAGAAUAGAAAAUACAUUAUUUAGAUAUACUUUAUGCUGAGAGUGAGUAUAUAUGCUUGUCCUAUUUAAACUUGUGAGAAAAAGUGGUAUCCCUUGAUACAUUUAGAAAUAUGGGGGGUUAUCUCGUUUUAAUUGUAGGGGUGGGGCAGGAGGAGAAUAAACACAGGAUGACCCUGUUUAAAGAAUCUUAGCAUGGCCAAUGGGGAUGUUUCCAGCUAAGAACUUGGAAGCGUAAGCCUUGGGGUUUCUCCUGGCAGGGCAUUGUCAUGAACUUUAAACCCCAAAGCCUAGACAGGGAGAAGUGUCAGACCAAUGGAAAAGCAAUCUAAUCUUUUUGCUAUUGCACGACAUCAGUGGAAACCAUGCCUUUCAAAACAAGCAAGUCAAUAAAUGCAGUGAUCAUACAACAUGUGGAAAAUUGAAAGCAUUCCAGAAAAAAAUAAGGAUUUUUAUGUAUUCAUUUUUAAGAUGCAUAUGUAAAAAAAUAGAGGGGUUCACAUUAUAGAUGGACUUCAUGAAUCGGAAAUUGCUUAGAAUUGUGAGUAGUUUCAAAUUAGAAAAAUAUGUGAAUGGAAGGCAGCUGUAAAUGUAUUGCACCCUAGAGAGUUGUACACACGUUAGAAUGUAAGCUGGGCUUACCUGGUCCGUUUGGAGUGGAUUUGAUUGCUGAGUCUGCUUUCACUUGAGCCAUAACAAGUGGGGUUGCCAGCCUUGCAGAGAUAAUUGGUCCUCUUCCCGCAACAUCAGAGACUUCUCUGAGUGGGAGAGUCUCAUCACAGAAGGCACCCACCAUUUCACUGAAACGUUCACAGCAUUUGAUUCUUUUACCUUUAUUUAUAUGCUCAAUACUCUCAGUAAUAUCCAGAUACACUAUUCUUUUUAUUGAUAGUUACAAGCUUGUGUGUUUGAGGGAUUUGGGUAGGGGAAUAAAAAGUUACCUUCUAAAAUGGAUCGAUAGUCAGAACCAAAAUAAUACUGCAUGCACUACAAUCAAAGAAAUCAAAUGAUCCUGUAAUGAUUCCAGUUAGUCAUAACUACAUUAGCAGUGCUAAUUUCAUUUUAGAAAUGGUGACUUCUGUGGUUUUUCUAGCAUUCGUUUCUAACAAAUGAUGAAAUAAUAACUCAUGGCCCCUCUGUCAUUGUCCUUCAUUUUUCACCAUGAAAUUAGACCUUUUACUUGACUGUUGAGCCACCACAAAUUGAGUUUUAAAAAAAUAGCAAGAUUAUCCACACUAGUAGACAAUAUGCGUCUCUACCUGUAAGUGAUGUAAUCGUAGUUAAUGCACUUGUGUGGAGUGUUCAGGAUGAUUGGUGUCAGACAGUUUUUAUCUUGUCCAAAAAGCGCUGGUGGCCUUUUGUGGUUGUGUUACAAUCCUCUGGGGGCUUAGGAAGAUGUCGAUGCAAUUUUGUAGCAGAUUUAAUUUUAAAAACAAUUCAAAAGCCUGAGGGGCAGCCCUGAUGCUCUUCGGCCCCAGUUGGUCAAAUCCCAGUGACCUUUGCCCCUGGUUGCCAAGGGCUUUGCAACAUGAAGCAGGGAAUAAAGAUUGUCUGUUUAGUGGAUACUGUGUAUCCUUUAAUAGACCAGGUAACAGUUCGUGUUAGUUUUAGACUAUUGUUUUGUACUGUACUUUCUUGGGUGGCAGAGGAAAGAAAAGUUAAAACGUUAAAAAAUACCUGCAUUCUUUAAUUCUGUAUUAUUAGCAACCUCUGUUGUAUAUAGUGUUUGAUAAUAAAGUAUUAAUUUGAUUCUUA